ACUCAUUCAAUUAAAUGCAUUCCGAUGCGUUCGCACGUCCACGGGCAAACUUCCUUUCCUUUUUCAUUUGCACUCGCAUACGCAGCUUACCUUAAGUUGAUAUUCAGAUAUGUAUUCGUGUUCGGAUUAGUUUUCUUAUUCGUUUUCGGAUUUGAGUGUUUGCUGCAUUUUUGUUGCCGACAGCACCGCGUGACACACAUGCCCAAAAAUCGAAUUGCGAAACCGUUUAAUUUAGUUGCGCGCCGAAUUGUUUCUUUCGAUUUUUUUGUUUUUUAAUUUUAUUUAUUUUUUUUAUUCUGCGCUUCAUUGUAUCUAUUUAUUUUGAGACAUUCUUGGCACCGCUUUGAGCCUGAGGUCUCUCGACGUGUCUCGGUCAGCGAUUCAGUGUUGUUAACGAUUUAUUUAAACCGACAUCAUACACACACACACACACACACACAAAUACACUUGGCUUGAAGCCACACGCGUAGCCGUGGCUAAAUUGAAUUUGGCCUAUACCAGCUCUGUAACAUGUCACAAUCUAACGGAUAUUGAGCAGCAGCACAAUUACAAGACAAACAACAGCGACGCACACAUAAUGGCAGCCAACCACAACAACAAUAACAGCAACAGCAAAGCGAUGACGAAUCCAUCAGAGUUGAUGGAAAGUCGAGAUGAAGUUGACUUUAUAUCUGCCACGCACAACAACAACAACGAUUAUGGAGAUUUAAGCAGCGUCGGUGUCGCAGUAAUCAGCGCCAAAGGAUCAAACACAACACAACAAGCAGCAACAGCAACCACAACAACAGCAACAGUCACACCAAACAAUGAACCAAAUGUCACCAACACAAACAACAACACUUUGAAGAAAUCCAAGGAACGCCGCACACUCUUCCAUUUCGGUAGUAAAAAACAAAAUGCGAGCAGCAAGUCACAACAAACUGCAAGUGGCGCAGUUCAAGUUGCCACAACCACACCCACAUCCACGCCCGCACCCACCCCGUCGCCUGCACCCUUGUCCUGUAGUCUGCCGCCAGUGCCAAUUGGCACGCCGCCGAGACAACACAAAUUUGUGAAGAGCAGCAGCAUUGCCCGGUUGCUGGGCAACACGUACAAUGCCCGCAAGUUUGAGAGGCAAGAACAGAAGCGACUGGCCAACGAGGCAAGCGGCAAGUUUCACACGUACAAUGGACGCCGGCGGGGAUCGGGCCCGUAUCUGGAGCGUUUCAAGCGCAUGUCCAAAGAAGAUGGCGAUAUAGCAGGCGAUAACGGCGUCGAUGAUUUGCAGGUGCAGGUGACCAAUGUAGUCACGCUGACGACAGACUCACGGGAUCUGCAGUAUGGCAGUCGGCAAGAGCAUGUGGGACGCCGCGACGAGGAUCAGCUGAGCAGCAAGGCAAUGCGCACUUUGACCCGGGGUCUCGGCAAGCUCUGGUGGAAGCGCAGCCACAGCGUGGACAUUAGCACACCGGAUCCCGAAUACAAGGUGUCCUAUCUGGGCAAUGUGCUCACCGGCUGGGCCAAGGGCGAGGGUUGUGUGGAGAAGCAACUGAACACACUGUGGCGUAACUACACCCAGCACACCAAGCCGGAUGUCAUAAUGCGCGUCAAGGUGUGCGCUUCCGGAUUGAAGGCGACAACACGUCAACACGGCCUCACAGAGUACUGGUCGAAUCGGAUCACAUACUGCUGUGCGCCCAAGAAUUAUCCGCGUGUCUUCUGCUGGAUCUACAGGCAUGAGGGCCGUAAGCUGAAGCACGAGCUGCGCUGCCAUGCGGUGCUCUGCAGCAAGGAGAAGAUUGCCCAGGACAUAUGCGAAACGUUACGGGAUAAUCUGGAGAGUGCAUUGCGUGAAUUUAAGCGUGAGAAGAUUCUGAAACAGAAUGCUCGUCUAAGUCUGGCCAACGCUGUCUACGACAAUCCCAGUUUGCCCCGGCGCAAGAUCAUGCUGAGCGUGGGCGGCAACAAUUAUAGGCCUCCGUUGGAGCGAUCGAAAUCGGCGCCGAAACUAAUGGCCAUUGAGGAGGCCAUUGGCGAGGAGGAGGGCGAUGAGAUCGAGGACACCAAUGAGCCAGAGAUGAAGCCCUGCUGCCAGCGCGACUCCCUCUAUCCGGCCAUGACGCUGGGCAGGCGACGCUGUCGUCGCGGUCAUUCCAUACGACGCACGGGCAAGAUUCAGGCGGCACCUACAUGCUGUUCCCAUGCAGAGGCAGAGUCUGUUUUGGAGCCACAGCCGGAGACGGUGACAAACAUCGCUGGGGCAUGCCCAACUCCCGUCUGUGGCAAUGAUGGCUCCGAUUCGGAUGAGUUCGAGAAACUGCUCAAGUUCGAUACGACGUUGAGCAAUGAGUUGCUGCCGUACUUUGAUAUGCAGCUACACAAGAACAGCAGCCAGAGCCUGGGCAGUCUCAGCGAGCUGCAGGUGGAUGCAGUGGAGGAGAACGUGGCGGUCGCUGAUAAUGACGAUGUUGAGGAUGAUGAGGAACCGCUCAGCUUGCUGCCCACUAUCAACAGUGAUCCCAGUGCCGAUCCGCAGGCAGAUUUUGACAGCGAGGAUGCAGUGCAUCUGCGGCGCAACGGUGUCUGCAGCGACGGCGAGGAGGAUUAUCUAGACGAUGCGGAUGAUCAUUACUUUCGGCAGGCAGCGAUGCUAACGAUGCUGCAUCGCAGCUCGAUGCGCAAACGGAACAGCAACCAUGCCAGCCUACAGUAUCGUCACCAGCCCCAAUCAUCCAUCUCGUCGAAUACCUCCAGUUCGACGACGGCCAGCGGCAUUGCGCAAAUGGGCGCCGCUAGCGGUCAGCCGGGUUUGGCCCACCCCGACAGCGAUGAGGGCUCCAUUUCCAGUGGUUGCGAAACGGCCAGCACUGUGACCAAUGCCAACCAGGAGGAGUACAAUAAGCCGCAAGGCAGCAAUGUGCAGCAGCAGAUGCUCGAGUCGAUGUUGAUUUACCAAAGACUGGAGGAGUCGAAGCGACGGCAGCAGUUGCGUCACAAUAGCGACGCCACCAACUAUAGCAGCUCCAGCAGCAUCACUCUCAAGCUGAACUCCUCCUCCGCCUCCUCAACACCCGCCGAGUCCAUUUCCGAUGCCAAGGAGCCGGCCGAUGUAGGCAGCGUUUCGGACGAUGACUCCGAGUGCAGCGAUGAGAGCGGCUACGUCGAGUUCCAGGAGAAAGAGCGCGUCCAGGCCAACGCUGUGGCCGUUGUGGCAGCGACCAUCAAGCCGCAGCUACCGCCCAAGCCGGCGCCGCGUCGCUCGCUCAGCCUGAGCCAGGCAGCUGGCACGGGGACGCCGGUCUGAUGCAAGUCCCGCCCGCCCGAAAGUAUGCUUUAAAAACGUGGCCCCCACUUUGUUAUUUCUACGCACCCAUCAGCAAAACACACACAAAACAACAAAUAAUUCAACACAAAAUGUGCAAGAAAUUUAAUCACUUAUCGUAGUCGUAGCUGUAGGCUUGUUGUUUAAGUUGUUUAGCCCAUAAGUCAUUUGUUGUCGGUUCAUCAUACAAAGAAAAUAACCUAACGAUAUUAUUGCGAUAAAUGUUGCUUUUUUGGCGCAAAUCAUUAUACUAUAUAUAUAUAUCUACAUAUGUCUGCAUAUUAUUAUUUUUUUCGUGUUAAGCUCCCAGAUUUCAGAUGGAUUUGUUUUUUUCUUUAUUUCAUCGGGCUCUUCUGCACUUCCCCUGAAAUGAAUCUAUAUGAUAUGCUCUGUAAAUAAAUAAGGCGCCCCAAGCACUGCAUGUACUAUUUCUAAUCCAUGAAUUGUAUCUUACCUACCUAUAUAAAUUAUUAUUAUGAAAUAUAUGCAACUAAAGUAACGAA